CAUAAGAAAUAUAUAUUUCAUUUAAAGAAUUGAAGGAGAUACGUUUGAGAUAUAAUUGUAGCAUAUCUCUUUCCAUUCCUCCCACUUAAGUAAUUUUUCUUGGAAGAAUAUUUUGCAACGACAUAAACUUUGAUAUGAAAUCAAUGCAGUAAAGAAAAAAAUUAUUAAGAGCCACAGGCGUAAUUAUAAAUCUCUGAUUUACUUUACUAAACUAUUUACAGUAAAUAGAUCGACGCAGAUUGUCCUUAUCUUGCACCAUUGUGUUCGAAUAUAAUUUUGUUUGUCAAAGCCAGGUAGCUUUAUCAAAAUAACAUCUUUGUUAGUUACUAAGAGAUUGCUUCUACCACAUCCGUUGACUAUACGUUCAGAAUUGUUGACUGAUAAUUUCUGUAAACUUGCAACAUCAUCGACGCAGGUGUUAACUCUUGAGUGUCCGGAAAGAUUUUUAUUUAUUUGAUCCUGAGUUUAUCAGUCUUUAGGGAAGCCAGGUGUUCGUGAUUAGAUAUUAUCUGGUGAAUAAAUAGUCGCCUCUCGCCGGUCGAAAAUCAUUUCGGUCGCUGGAAGUACGCCAUCAUGAAAGUUCUAGUAUCCGCUUGUAUCAUCGCCGCGUUUUGCGUCGUGGAGUCUUUACAGUCGACCCCGCACAAUCCGUGUAAGGAUGGGCCCGCGCCCAAGGACUUGAGAGUGGUCGGAUGCGAGACAACUCCUUGCAACAUAAUCAGAGGGUCUACUAUGAAAGCUGAAUGGGAUUUCACCGCCAUCAAUGAUGCCAAAGCGCUAACACCCCGCGUGAGAGUUACGCUCGGAGGAGUUACGAUUCCUUAUCGGUAUCCCGAGCAAGAUGCGUGCAAGUCUUUGGUGAAGGGUGAUUGCCCAUUAGAAAAGGACGAACAGGCCACAUACGGUUUAAACAUGCCGAUAGAAAAAUCUUAUCCGCCUGUAGCUCUGAAGAUUGAAUUUGCUCUGCUCGAUGAGAACGAAAAGGUGCAUGUUUGCUUCAGCAUAAAUGGCAAAGUGACUAGCUAAUAAGCUCUCUCCUCAAGAUUUCGAUGAUUGUAAUACGCAUAUGUUGGCAAAACACUGAUUAUGAAAAUUAUAAGUUAUUAACUUCUCUUGUAAUAUAUCUUUAAUGUUUCUUAUAUUUCAUGAAUAUGUUACAAAACUUAUAUUUUAUAUCUAACCGAUGAGAGAUAUGCGAGAAAUUGAGAUUGAAUUGAGCGUUAAGAUAUAGCCGAAUCGUAUCUUGGUAGAAUUAACACAAACAAAAAUGAAGUUCACAAGUACUUCAUCGAAAUUGCUAGUAAUAACUUUGUCUUAAUAUCAUGACUUGUGAUAAAAGAAUGAUAAAAGUGAUUCGAUCAAGCGGCUGUAUCUUUGCGCUCCAAUCUUUAAUUUAACACCGUCAUAGAGAAUCGUCGGUAAAAGAUAUACUAUUUGCGAAAUAAAUUGUUUUAUUGAAUUA